GGUGUUGUUGACUCGCAUUUGGCUUGUCAUCCAGACAGUCUAAUUUGCAUCGUGGGCGAUUUUAAUCCCAAUUCAACCAAUAUAUCUUCCAGCCGCUUUCGUCAGUUAUGCGGCCUGGCGCAGAUUGUAAAAGUUUUCACAAGAGAUUCAGGCAUCCUUGAUUGGUGUUUAACAAAUAAACCUAAAAUUAUGUCUGUACCCGAGAAAUUACCCAAGAUUGGCUCCAGCGACCAUUACUGCUUUGUUGUCAGGCAGAAAUUGCCUCGAGCAAAACCACCGCCCAAAGAGACUAUCUUUAGACGAGACACCCGUGAUAGUCGAAUUCGAGAAUUUGGCCAGUGGAUAACCUCGUUUUCAUGGCAAGAGGUGAUCUCGAAAGGUUCGUGUCAAGAUAAAUGUGAAUGUUUCCAUCCAGGGGCGUAG